CGUUUUGCUAAAAUUAAACUUCAAAAGUUAAAAAUUAAAAUCGAACUUGUGACUGCGAACAUGUCUUUUUGCAAGCACGGCGGCAAAUUUAGUAACGCUGUAUGUAGCAAAUUGAAGAAAUUAGAAUUGUGGAAAUCGAAUUAUUACAUAUCGUGCGCAAUCACGCUUGACUAAAAUUUAAUUAUUCGAGCUGGGUUGAAAUUUGAAUCGCAAAUUUGAAGGCUAGCGUGUGAGAGGCAAGAGUGCACAGUCCGAUCACCACUAUUUGUAGUCGAGUAGUGGGAUUUAGACGAAUUUUGUGGCGCUUUGAAAAUGGCUGACCCCAUUGAUGUACUGAGAAGACCUCAGGUCAUUUGUCGACUUUUAUCUUUAGUAAGUAUUGUUGCCUUUGUGGCGGAAUUUCUAAGAGAUUAAACAUGUAACUAAAACUCGGUGCUUCUGGCGUAACGAUGCCGUUUGCGAUUUGUUUAAUCGCUGAAAUUGAUCCCGUGAGAAGCGCCCUGUUUAGGAUGUAUUGGGGUUGUCAAUUUCGUUUGACAAAUAAUAAUAUUACGAAGGUAUUUGUGCUUUCAAAAACGAGUGAAAAUGUUUCGCCAUUUUGCAAGUUUAAUUUGAGUGGCAUGAUGAUGCAGGCAAGGCUAAUUAGCAAAUAUCAUGCUCAUGGGUAUAUAUUAAAAUAUACACGACGCUGACACGACCGAAUAAUUUCCCCUGUUAGAAUUAGAUCAUAAAAGAAGUUUAGUUUACAUAGCAAGCUUUCUAAAGUAGCUCAUUUGAACAUUUGGCAGAAAAGCUAGUAAAGGCGUUACAUGAAAAGCUCUCUUUAAUAUAUUUGCCAACAACAUUCGUAUGACCAAACUAGUUUCGAUAUGCAUGAUAGACUUUUAAAUUGGUUUCCAAUUUCAACUUUGAAAUUGAUUUCCAAUUUCAGUUUAUUGCCAUCUGUAGUAAAUGUUGUAGUAUUAAAAGCUAGUAAGUCAACAAAUAUUAAUGCCCAACAUUUUUCCCUUGACAAGUGAAAUCAUUUGGUAUUGAACAAAGUAGAAUAACAUGGGUCUAUUUAAUAGGGCAUAUUAAUAUUGUGGCUUAAAACAAGAGACAUUCGUAGAUAGUCUAGUUUAUGAGAUAAGACCCAUUAUGACUUAUAAACUCACUCUGACAACAGACCAAAAUACAGUAUAAAUUUAACAAUGUGUGGCACAUUCGUUGAAGAUGCUAACCUCAGUGCAAAGGUUUUCUGGUGUCAGGCAAGCUUUUACAGGCAAGGCGGGUGGAGGCUACUUGUUACAGGCAACUCCCUGAUUCACGGUAGUCUAAUUUCAAAAAGUUGAGUUAGGUUUGGCACACAAGUGGAGUGGUGUAUAAUGCACCUGUCAAUAUUAAGGUAAGGGUGCGGGCAGUGAGUGGGGAUUUAAUCGUGAAUUCUAUCCCCACAGACGGGCAUUUGUCAAAGAUUUUUUUCUCGGGUGCGGGCGAUUUGCCCUUCGACAUAAUUCAACAUGUGAUUUCAGUACGGAACCUGGAACCUAGAAUCAAACCGGAAGUCCGGAAACUUUUAUUUUUUAUAUCUGCUUCUGUCUUCUGGCCUUUUGGAAUUUGAAUACAGUACAUAGUCUGGUUUCUGGGGAUAAAAUUUACGAUGCCCAGAUGCUUUUUGUGACUCUACAUUAAAUGUUAUUAAAAUAUUUUACCUCGAUCUAUCCCCUGGGUGCGUCUGUUUUGAAACAUUUGAUUAACGUAGAAUGCCCCACCAGCGGGCAUUUGACCCAAUUUUAAAUUUUUUUGUCAAAUCCCCACCCAUUGCCCACACCCUUACCCCCUGGGAUUAAUAUUGAUAGGUGCAUAAAUGCAACAGGUUAUGUAGAACUUGUGUCAAAAUUUGUUAAUCCAAAUUCUGCUGUACUUAAUUGAAUUUUGUCCUACCUAAUUUGUUAAUUAACCCAUCAAGUCGCAUUGUGUCCCAAUGCGCCCUAUUUUAUUAUAUUACUCUGUCUAACACCAGAUGAUUUUACCCAUUGAGCAAGAGUGCUGGUACUCAAUGGGUUAAUGAGACCAUCUGCCCAUGUAUCUAGUAAACUCAUUGAGUCACAUUGCACCCUACUUUAUUAUUUGACUCUGUCCAACACAAGAUGAUUUUACUGGUGCAGGGCACCGAGCACUGCCGCUCAAUGGGUUAAGUUCAGCCAAUGAAAAGUAUGUCAUAUGAAAAUGGGCCGUAUUUGACUAUUGUGUACUGUGGCAACAUUUUGAUCAAAACCUUUCUCCCCUAGUUGUUUUCUAUCAUCGUCUUUGGUUGCAUAGCCGAUAAAGGAAAACCAGAAAUAGAUAUACCAGGUACUGGCAGGUCUGAGAAGUACUGUGUAUAUGAUGGAGAUGAUGGUGCAUGCAACUAUGGAGUUGCUAUAGGCGUGAUUGCGUUCAUCGCUUGUCUAAUAUUCCUUGCAACAGACUUCUUCACGGAUUCCAUAACAAACGUAGAAGCAAAGAAAUAUAUCUUCCUUUCUGACCUACUGUUUUCUGGUGUGUGGGCAUUCCUGUGGUUUGUUGGGUUCUGUUACCUCUGCGACAAAUGGAGGAAGCAAGAUAAUAAGGAUCAAUUCUCAUCACAGGAGAAAAGCAAUGCUGGUGGAGCUAUUGCUUUCAGCUUUUUCUCCAUCCUUUCUUGGGUAAGUCUCAUAUAAAAUGCUGUCAGUGGUUUGUGCCUAAACUAGAGAUGUGCAAAUCUGAUCCAAAUCCUAUCUGGUUCGUUUGGAUUUCGGAGCCAUAAUAUUCACUUAAAAUUGGAAAAGUAUUUUUGUAGUCGGAUCGGACUUCGAUUACCAGGAUCUGCUUUUUGUAAAAAACUGCACAAAAGAGCCAGUGGGUUAAGAACCACCAGCCUUAAAAAAUUGUUUAGGAAAAAUUAACCAGGAAAAAUUAAGAACCAACUAAGAUGCACACAUAAAUGAUUAAGUCAAAGAAGACGAUUAUUUAAAUGAUUAAAGUGAAAGAAGACAUGCCCAUCGAUGCAUCUUCAUUUUCAAAUGUUUAAAUAAUCACAUAAACUUUGAGUUUAAUUUAGUAUAUAAUAGCAGUAUUCAUAAUUAUAAUACUCGACAGAGUUGUUUUCUUCAUUUACCCAAGACAAGGACAAGUUGGGGGUAAACAUAAAGUCACUUAUCAUGCUGUGUAUGAUUAUAACAACCUUGAAUCAAAUUGUCAAAAUGCUCAGUCAAUUUCUCAAUUUAAAUCGAAAGUUUUUUGGCUGUCGGCCAUUAUGUACUAUUGUUCUUCUCAACUUUUAAACUUUUACCAGUUCAGCAAGUACCUUAAUGAUAGAUAAUUUUAUGAUAUUUUUAACUUUUGACCACAUGUAAAUAGAUUAGAUAUAAUAUUUUUCACUUUGUAUAAUACUAGUUCUAUAGUGCAGGACCAUUCUGAAAAUCACUUCUGCAAGAAUGCCUCCUGAAUAAGGAUUGUUAUCAUCAUCACACAUAAUGCAACUAAUUUUUUAUUUAAAUUUAGGGUGUUCAAACGUACUUUGCUUUCAGAAAUGUCAAUGACGGGGCAAGCAACUUUGAGUUUGGUGGACAUAGUCGACAACCUUACGAGAGCUCGCCUUAUUCCUCGUUCCCGGAUCAACAGAAUGAUGAUGCUUACCAAGCCAAGCCAUUCCAACAAUCUGGUCAGACUGAUCAAUCUGGGGAAUACAGACCACCUACCUACUAAAGUCUUUGAUCUCAUUGAAACUGAACAUUAUUUAGGGAGAUUAUAUUUGUACGAAAAUAUUGUGCUUGUUUAUGGAUGUUAAUGUUUUACGGUUGAAUAUCUACUGGCGUAGUUAACUAGUUAUUUCCGGUCUACAUUCCACAUACUGAAUAUACAUGCAUUCAGAAACAUACACUUUAUUUAGUAUGACUUGGAUGAAAACCUGUGCUUGUUAAUGGUUGGAAAUGUUUUAUGGUUAAAAAUAUACUGCAGGGCUGUUUAUAAACUGCCUUCUAGCUUUAAAUAGCAACCACCAACCCACUCAACUGUCAAAUACAUACAUCUAAACUCAAUGUUAUUUAGAAAGAUUUCAUUUGUAUGAGAAUUUGUGCUUGUUUUUGACUGCUUGUGUUUUAAGUCUUAUUAGCUAUGCUGUUUAUUAACCGUCUAUUGUAAAGCUCUCCAUGUAAUUGAGCAGCAUGCUGAACUGAUAUACUUAAACGGACAUUAGUAAGAUUUUAGUUAAUAUGAAAAGCCAAUGAUUGUUAUAAUAAUCGAAGCUAUAUUUUCUGGUUAAUUUAAAUCCUAAAUCUACUAGCCAGACAGUUCAGUUCAUAAUCUGAAAAUAAAGUUAAUUUUGGCUUCCCAAAUAUGCACAGUGGUGCAGUAAAAGGCUCAAACUUUCUACAAAGUAUAAACCUAUCUGUAUGGGGUUGGUCUUUAAGUCAGUGGGGUAGUCUAGAUAGGUUUGGCAUUUUUAAAACUUGUAAUGUUUGUGUGUUGUGAAUAAAACAUUUUGCACAAGCAAAAAAUAUAAAGUGUUUGCGAAUAUCUCUCCAUUGGAUA